UGCAGGGUUCAGGGACACUUUUAAGUACCAUUGUGCAUUUUGAGAUUUACUAAAACCGACAAAUGUUCCUGUGGCGUACGCUUCAACUAAUUUUAACCGAAAGCUUGGAGUUUAUGCUAUACGUGCUCUAGUGCCUGACGCUUUUCUAAAUUGUUUUUCGGUUAUUUGAACAAGCCGUUGAAGUCCAAAGCUAGUUAGCAUGUAAGCUAGCUAAUGGUUUGUCCACAGUGUUUUUUGGAUUGUCUGUCACCUUUUUGUUGUACAGAAACUUAUAAAGACCGACGGCAAAAGUCUGAAAUAUAUUAACUUACGAAACAACGUCUUCUUUCACUAUCGGUGCUUCGCUAACGCUCAUUAGUUAGUCGGCAACACGGAGAAGUAAGUAAACGUUAUGUUCCUAACCACUGACUGAAACAAUAACGUAAAAGCACCGACAUGUACUUGCUUGAAAAAGUUUGAUAGCGUCAUGUAUGGCUGCAUACCAUAUUUUAAGAUUUGCUCACCUACUGAAAAAAGGACUGCCCAAGAAACAAGUUUGGACGAAACCAAAUAACACUUCAAUCCUGGUAUCAGCUCAAGUUGUAUUGAUGACUGCGCUGACAGACUUUGAAUCUGUAGCAAAGAGACUCAGGAUUGAAAUCAGUGCCCCUUCAUCUUCUCCCCAAGUCUCAUCUUUAUGUAUUCAGAGCAGAGAUAAUGCAACAGUAGAUCACAAAAGGAGGCAAAACAACACCGACACGAAGAUGGAUAUGCAGCCAAAGACUGGAGCAGAUCAUUUGCGAGGUGUUAAGACAAAACGUUUCCAUCAAAGAAUUGGCCCCAGAUCGCAACAGAAGAUCAGAAAUACUCUUGGACGAUGGUUGGUUAAGCCCCAAAAAAGUACAGCUGAAGUGUGCCAAACCCAAGAGGAUGUAGAGAUCGCGGAUGAUGGUAGCUUUCAAAGCACUUCAGCUCAGGUUCUAGACUGCCAAAAAGCUGAAAAGCAUACUGUAUCUGACUCAGAUGAAGAAACGCAACCUUUGACACCACCAAACCUCGAUGAGGACACUCCUGUGUCACCAGCCUCCAAGGAUCCUGCAAGGAGUGAGCUAAGACAGGCACCUGCCCAAAAUUAUGAUGGAUUAGAGAAAGAGGAAAUGGAGACAUGCUCAGCAAAGGGUUCUGUCAAACAAAAUGCCAAAAUAACAGACUUCUUUUCAGGGAUCUCAUCACCAGAUUUACCUGUGAGACGGGGCAAGUCAGAUAAGUCUCCAGACAAACAGGAUGGAGACAAGGGAAAUACCUCUGCUGCUGUCAAGCCUGAUGUCAAAUGGCUGGGGACGCCAAUUGGUGAGCUGAAGAGAAUGCCUGAAUGUGGCGCACCGCUUCCUCCGCUGAAGGAUAUUCCUGGACAGCACACUGUGAUGAUAAGGACAGACCUUCUUCAGAGUGGUAAAGUUCCUGUUCCAUAUCCUACUAAGUUUAAGGACACCUGGGAUGAUGUCCAUGUCAAGAUGCCCUGUUCCAAUAGUAACCUGUUUCCUGUACAGGAUGAG